AUGGCUACCCCCACUGUCCUUACCUUUGAUGCUGAGGGUCGUGCUGUUGAUUUCGAGGUCUGGGUCAAUGACCUUCAGCUCUUCCUACAGUGCGAUAAGGCAGACGGACUCUCCCUGUUUGAUCUCACCUCUGGUGCCUCUCCUGCCCCGCCUGCUGAUGCUGACAGCACUAUUUGCUCACAGUGGGCCACACGCGAUGUUGCUGCCCGUCUUGUAGUGCGUCACCACUUACCGACCGCUGAGCGUGCGCACUUUAGUCAGUACAAGAGUGCUCAGACCUUUUACGAUGCUGUAGUUGCACGCUACUCUUCCCCUGCCACUGCUGCCCUUAGCCGCCUCAUGCUGCCGUACCUGCUCCCUGACCUCGCCGCCUUUCCCACAGUCGCUGACCUCAUUACGCACCUUUGCACUAGUGACACCCGCUACCGCGCUGCGCUUCCUGCUGAGUUCUGUGCCAAGAACCCUCCCCCCAUGUAUAUCACCCUCUACUACAUAGUCACCCGGCUUCAUGACUCCCUUCGCUUAGUCAGGGACCACUUCCUCUUAGUUUGCCCCACCACACUCACCGUUGACCUCCUCGAGCAGCGCCUCCUGGCAGCAGAGAAGAGCAUAGUCGCCGUAGGAGCCUCUCGUGGUGACCCUCGUACCCCCGUCUUUGAGGGGUGUUCUCCCUCCCCCCUCUUGCCCUCUAUUGCUUCUGCUGCUGCAGCCGACCUCGUUGGUUUUGAGUCGGUCGGAGCUGCGUCUGCCCCUAGUGGGAGACGCAGCAUCGGCAGGGGCAAGGGGGGCAAGGGCGCUGGAGGGGCUGGCGGGGGCGGUGGAGGUGGUGGUGGAGGCAGUGGAGGGGGUGGGGGUGGUGGUGGGAGUGGUGGCGGGGGUGGAGCUGGGCGUCAGCGAGGUGGGGAUACUGGUCCCUGUACCUACGUCCUUCGUACCGGCGACCGCGCUGGUGAGCGGUGCAGGGGCUCGCACUCCACCCAGCGCUGCUUUGGCCGCCUGACGGACACUUGGCGUCACCAGUUCCCUGACGCCACUGAGAUCCCUCGCUGGGGAGAGCUGUCUAAGGCGCGGGUUGCUAUCUUCGAUCUUGAUUAUGAUGCUAUUCUUACUGCCAUGUAUGUUGUGUCUACUAGUCAUGAGGGUGACUGUUACCUGUGUGUUCCGCCUGACCCGGGCAUUGAGGCUGCUGCUCUAGGUGCUGGUGAGGCUGCUGCUCUAGGUGCUAGUGCGUCUGCUGCCCCAGGUGCUGGUGAGUCUGCUCUCUAA